AUGCAUCUCUUUGGCUUAUAUCUGAUGUGGUUUGGGUUCCUGGUGCUUCGGUUCUCCUGUCAACUGGGGGCAGACUUAAGCAGAACCAGGAGGCUGUGCGGCAGGUACCUGGUGAAAGAAAUAGAAAAACUCUGUGGCACUACUAACUGGAGCCUGUUCCGGCUUGAGGAGGAAGCCCCUUUUACAGAGUUGAUUCCCCAGGCUUCAGAGAAGAUUGAAGACUUCAGCAAUUUCCAAAGCCCGCAAACCCCUUUCACUGACUGGAAAAAGGUCACAAGCCCAGCCUCUACUUCUACCUCUCAGGGAGAAGCAACAAAUAAUUUGAAGAUACCUCCAUUAUCUGAUAGUCAGUAUAUAGACGACGACGACUGGUCCCCUGAAAACAUAAGAGAAUUUUUUUCAUCACAUGAUGUUAAUUCAUAUAUUCAUAAGAGUAUAAAAUUUCAGAAGAAAAGCAAAAAUAAAAUUAAAACAUUGCAGAGUUUAUUUUGGGGAAAUCAUCCUCAAAGAAAACGCAGAGGAUUCUCACAUAAAUGUUGUCUUAAAGGAUGUAGAAAAGAUGAACUUGCCAUUGCAUGUCUUCCAUAUAUUGAUUUUUACAACAGUGAUAAAAGGACCAUCACUUUUGACUGA